AUUUAGUUCUACACUUAAGCUGUUAGCAUCAGCAACAGUGAUAAUGCUGAAAGUAAUAUUGUUAGUGUUUUGUGCGACAGGCGCUUUUGGUUACUUCACUUUGCCAGGAAAAUGUCCGGAAAAUGUUCCUGUUAUGGAACACUUUAGUAUACCUGAUUUCCACGGCAAAUGGUAUCAAGCGUAUUACUACGCCAGCGAUGGUCAGAAGAAGAACAACUGUUCCACUCUUGAAAUAAGUUUCAAAUCGAACAGCGACAAUUACCCAGUUCUCAGCUUCAACCAGUCCAGGAUCGACCGGGGCUUGUUCCACAGAUACAGUAUCGCUAAUGUUCCACCGCCUGCACACGGUUCUCAGAGCGGUGAUUUGGAACUAGUUUUCAAUUACCAGAAUGCACCAAGGAGAUUGAAGACUAGAAAGUAUCAAUUCCGAGUAUUAGCUACCAACUACAAUUAUUAUGCUACUGCUUUCACAUGUCAAUACAGUCCUCUCAUUGAUAAACAUUUCAUUUACGUGUGGAUUUUAUCAAGGAAUCCAAUACUGAACGAUGUAUCCAAAGAGCUAGCAAUGAGACCAUUGCAACAGAUCGGCUUACUAUCAGAAAAAUUGAUUCGAGACGACCAGAGCAAAUGCAGCCCGAAAUAUUACGACGAUUUUCCAACAGAACCGACAACUUUCAAAUAUCCUGUACCUAUUUAAACAAUAAACAAUUAUAUAAAGAAAAAUAUUUGAUUUUUGACUUAUUUGUAAUGGUUAAAGUAAACCUAAAGAUAGGACCGAUUUUAAAAAUUAUUUCAUUAAUACAAAACUACAUAAAAACUUUUUGUAAAAGUAGAACCGACUUUAAACUUAAAGUGAUAAAUAAUCCGUUUACGUCCCCACUGCGGGGGCUCAGGCCUUCCUUAGGGAUGGUUAAGGAGGAUGGGCCAUGACCCUCCACGCUGGCCCAAUGUGGAUUGGAGGGUAAUAUUUAUCUUAAAAGCGAAUUAUUCAAGAAGAUGCUAUUGAAUUCGAGCUGAGGUUUUCUGUGGUUAAUUAAACGAUAUUCGUGAAUAAUUCGGUUCUACUUUUUAUGAUAAGUUUUUAUUUCAUGCUUUUUAGUGAUAUUGAUAUUUUUAUAUAAUAGGUAACAUUAAAAAUAUUAAAUAUCUAUGUAUAUAAAAAUAUUUAGCUCAGUGUAGUCGUUAAGCAACUUUCGCAAGGGUCGGUCACGGGAUGGGUGACCAAAAAACUAUUAUCUCGAGCUACUCCGUGCUUCGGAAGGCACGUUAAGCCGUUGGUCGCGGCUGCAUUUGCAGUCGUUAAUACCCUCCAAUCCGCAUUGGGCCAGCGGAGGGUCAUGGCCCAUCCUCCUUAACCAUCCAUAAGGAAGGCCUGAGCCCCUGCAGUGGGGACGUAAAAGGGCUGGUGAUGAUAAAAAUAUUUAAGGAAGAAGGAAGGGAGGAAGGGAAUCAGCUAGUUUGGUAGAAAUUGGUUUACAAUUUAAAAAUAAAUCAAUUAACAUAGCUACCC